UGCAAGGCUGGAAGGUGCAACAGCCACGAAGGAUCCAAGUCCACAAACUAGCAUUUUUCUGGUUUCAACAACAUUCAUCGAAGAACAGUCGAGGACCAAAACCUUGUUUGGAACACAGCCAUGAAUUCUAACCUUCUCAGAAACCUCGCUUUCCACACGCGCCGUCUUCUUCUCUCUCCCUUCAAUCGCAGCUUGAACCCCACUCUUUCCCUUCUCUCUCUCCGCACACCCUCCUCUUUCUUCUCUUCUCAGAGUGAUCCACCUCUUCCCCCGCAUGCCCAGAAGAAACAAGACCCUCUUGUUGUCGAGGAAAUCAGCAACGAAGAGUUGAAGAGGCGUGUGGCAAGGCUUCAAGAAGGUGAUGAGGAUGCGAUACCUUCGUUGUUUGAGGCAAUAAUGCAGAGGUACUUGACAGACAAGCCUAUAGAAGCUGACCCGGAGUUGAUGAAGGAAAUUCUGGGGAAAGGAACAGUGUCGGAAUCGGAAGAAGAUGUAGAUGAUGAAGAGGAAGAAUGGGAAUCUGAUUUGGAGGGAAUGAGUGACAUUGAUUAUGAAGACGAGGAUUUUGAUAAUGGUUCUAAAGGAAGGAAGAGUGACGUGACUGAGAAGAGAUGAAUGAACUCACAAUUCACAAUUGCCAAUGCCAGUCUCAACUCUUAAGAUUUAUAGUUAGCAGUAAAUGCAACACAUAGAAGAGGCUUUUGGAAUGCUUCAGUACAACUUUACUAUGUUUGUUUCUAUUUCUACACUUAGUUUGUAGCAUCAUGGAUAGAAAUUUUGGAAUUUUGUGUUCAAUCUCAACUAAGAAAUUACAUCAUAUAUAGUACUUACACACUGCUUCUAUGCUUA